AUGUCCCCAAACAUGGCGCACUGGAGAUACAUUCUGGCAGUCCUCAUCACCCUGUACAUUGCACAAAGUUCGGCGUAUAAGCUAUCACAAUCCGACCCGGACACGAUACGGAUCAAUUUAGGCAAUAAAAAACUUGUGAAGGAAACGGUCCCACUCUAUACAAAGCUGAUCAUCAAGUGCAAUUUCGACAGUCCCACAUGGUACAGGAACGGCAAACUGAUCGCGGUAGAUCAUAAGCGUGCGAAAUCGCUUCGUUUUGAGCAUGUGCGCAAAACUGACGCCGGCUACUAUUCAUGUGGGUCCGAGUUUAACGAAUGGUCCAACCUUACCUUGUCCGUAUUCAGUCAGGAAACGGACCAAUAUCAGAGUGACGGUGCCGGGAUGGCGAACUUGGAACGCAAAAGUUUGCAUACCACGUCCGGAUCGGGAACUGUGUCCGGUAGUGUAAAGUCCCUAGAUAUACUGGACAACGAACUAAAGGAAGGACCGCCGCGAAUACUUGAAGCGCGGGACGAAUCAUCCUACCCUAGCGCCAUAGUACGUGAGGUAGGCAAAGAGUAUCGUUUGAAGUGUGAUGCGAUUGGUCAACCAAAGCCGCACAUUAGCUGGCAAAAGGAUGGUCAAGAGUAUCGUGACAAUUCGUACAAAUCGACGAUAGUAUUUAAGCCAUUACUGCCGACAGACGCCGGCACGUACGUGUGCGUAGCGUGUAAUGUGCACGGGUGUGUAAAUUCAACUACCGAGCUGGAGGUGGUAGAAUCGGGAGAGCUCGAACCGGCCUACAUACAGCACAACACCAUGGAAAGUCAUUCACAGCUUCAGGGAGAGGGUCGCUUAGGUCCGAUCCAGGAUACGGUGCGUUACUAUCCUGUCGCGAACGAGCAUCGUAUGCACCAACCAAUCGAGGAGGACGCAGAGGACGAAGAUGAGGAAGAUGAUGGCGACGGACCAACGAACGGUACCGGUGUACACGGUGCCGACACGACGGAGGAUAGUGCGGGUGCAGUGAACGGAUCUGGCACACCACCGCCCGACCGACUGCCGGAGAUCAUCAAGAAGGAACACUUGCCAAUGAUUGUAUCGAAACCGUCCGGGAAUAUGGUGCGGUUGCGGUGUCCUGCCGAUGGUUAUCCGAAACCAAAUAUCACCUGGACGAAGGAUGGACGCGAAAUCGAACGCCCAAUGGGGCAGGUGCGGAAGGUUAAUUGGGCAAUCGUGCUGGAGGAUCUAGUGCCACAGGAUUCGGGCAAUUACACCUGUACCGUUUGCAACCGAGUUGGAUGUGUUCACUUUUCUACCAAACUAGAAGUGAAAGAUCGCUUUCCAUCACGGCCCCAUUUUACCGAACGUCCAAAGAAUGUGACCGCUCUGGUUAAUAGCACUGCCAUCUUUCGCUGCCCGAUCCUGUCCGAUCUGGAACCACACAUCGAAUGGAUGAAGCUUCGUAUACAAGAUGGGGAUAAUUUUACUAUGCCGGAGAAUGUUACCAAGCUGGAGCGCGAUCCGGACAAUCCCGAAGUGUUGACGCUGGAAAACGUUACCCAUGCAGACGAGGGUUGGUACACCUGUAUUGCGGCCAACAGUCUUGGUGCGUCGUUCGAGAGUGCCUAUCUGCAGGUGUUGGACGAACUGCCUCCGGACGAUACUCCCACGGCACAUCCCGUGCGCACGCACUCGACACUAAUCAUGGGCAUGACGUUCUUUCUGUGCGUCUGUUUCGUGGUUCUGGCCGCUGUCGUGAUCAUAGUUUGCAAAAAGCUAAAGCGCGAAAAAAUGAAACAUCGUGCCAUGGAGCAUGUGAAUCAGUGGACGAAAAAGGUGAUCGUGUUGAAGCAACCGGUCGUCGAGAGCAGCAUACCGGGCAUGUCGGAGGCACUGCAAAUGCCAAUCGUUCGCAUCGAAAAGCAACGUUCGACGCUGGUGCAGAGCGGAAACUGUGAUCCUACCAUGAUCUCGGAGUACGAAUUUCCGAUCGAUCUGAAUUGGGAGUUUCCCCGCAAUAAGCUACAUCUUGGGAAGAGUCUCGGUGAGGGAAUGUUUGGUAAAGUUGUCAUGGCUGAGGCGCACGGACUUGUCAAAGGUCAUCCCUCGACCGUGGUUGCGGUGAAGAUGCUAAAGGAGGGACACACGGAUGCCGACGUGAAGGAUCUCGUGUGCGAAAUGGAGGUGAUGAAGAUGAUCGGAAAGCAUGUCAAUAUCAUCAACCUGCUCGGCUGUUGCUGCAAGGAUGGACCACUGUACGUGAUUGUGGAGUACGCGCCGCAUGGCAAUCUGAAGAACUUUUUGCGAAGUCAUCGCUUUGGUUCCAACUACGAGGCUACCAACGAGAAGGAGAAGAAAAUUCUCACUCAAAAGGAGCUUAUAUCGUUCGCGUAUCAAAUAGCACGUGGCAUGGAACAUUUGGCAUCGAGAAGGUGUAUUCACCGAGAUUUAGCUGCACGAAAUAUACUGGUAAGCGAUAAUUACGUGAUGAAGAUAGCCGACUUUGGAUUAGCCAGAGACAUCCACGAUCAGGAAUACUAUCGAAAAACGACAACUGGCAAACUACCAAUCCGAUGGAUGGCUCCAGAAUCUCUGGAAGAAAAGUUUUACGAUUCACAAAGUGAUGUGUGGUCUUUUGGUGUGCUUUUAUGGGAAAUUAUGACACUAGGAGGUAAUCCCUACCCUUCAAUACCAACAUGGGACAACUUGCUGGAGCACUUGAAAAAGGGAAAACGUAUGGAGAAACCUCCCUUGUGUUCGAUCGAAAUAUAUCUUUUCAUGCGAGAGUGCUGGCACUAUCGGCCAGAAGAGCGACCCACAUUCAGUGAAAUUGUCCAACACCUGGAUCGGCUCGUGAGCAUAACGUCCAACGAAGAAUACCUGGACCUAGGACUGCCGCAGUUAGAAACGCCGCCAUCCAGUGACGACAGUGACGACGAAGAGGACGAAGAAGAUUGCGAUGAUCCAACGGGGACUGAGCACGAGCGUGUACACAUGUAUCGAUUUAAUAGAAGCUACAACAACGACUGUAUUUACUAACGAUUGUGCCAUGGAGAAAGGAGUAGGUGCUU